ACGCAUAGAAUAUUUCCAAAUAUAUUAAUAGCUUUUUCAUUAAACUAGUUACUGGUAUUAAAAUAUCUAUCCUUUAAUUGCAAAAGUGUAUGUCGAGUUCGUUUUGAGCUAUGUGAAGAGAGAUUGGAUCCUUCAUGAAGAUCGGUACAUCUUCGUUUUCAUUAUUUGACAGUUUCCAUUCGAAAUAAUACGUCAAUAUCGCUUCUUUUAUUAUGAAUUUUCUAUUCCGGUAUUUCGACUUACAAAAGUUGAAAAAUUUUAAUCGACUUCUUAGCUUCUAAUAAAAAUUCACGUGUAGUUAAGUGUAAACAAGAAUCUUAUUUUCAGAAAAGAUUUCAAUUUAAAUUAUUCCUAACGAAUUAUUAAACGGCCUUUAAUCUUCGUUCAUAGAAAAAUCUCAAAUCUCAAUAUUUGACGCAACACGGGUCUUAAUCAUCCAAGGCUAUUUCGGAAGACGCAGAAGAGGGUGUGUGAGUGUGAUAAGGUGGACAGCACCGCAGCAUCCGCGGGUGGGGAAGGAGAGGAACUGGAUGGUUGUCCGCGUGGGUCGAUUCGGCAUGGCGCUUUGACGGUGGGAAGGGUGAGGGCGUCCGCAUCGCGAGGAUGUCGGGGAGAGAAAGCGAGAAAGAACAGUGCUCCAAGGGCGCACGUCGACCAGUAACGAGUCGGGGGACGCGAGCGUCGCGUUGCAGGCGUCGCCCUGGGCGCCGCCGUCCUGGGAGCCGAUGGAGCCGACCCGCGUGCCCCGGGGGGGUCCCGCUUCACGCCUCAUCUUCCUCUUCGUCACGCUCGUGCUGACCUUCGCAGCAACGGGACUCCUGUGCGGCGCGAUAAUGUCGGACCAUUGGGAAGAAAUCAGCUGGGACAAGGAAGAUCUGGCCCACGCGAAUGUCAACCUCACGUGGUAUCUGAAUGGUCAGGUGGCAAAGUUAGAGUCUUCCGUCAAUCACCGAAAUAGACAUCGUGUCGCCAAACGUCCGUCCUUCUUAGUUCCCAUGCACGGCGGAAUUUGGAUUAUGUGUGUUUCAUUGUCAGAGGAAGAGAUACAACUGUUGAGUCAAGUGGGUUUCUCGCAAGAGAAAUGCGUCAAUUACUUGACACCAAAUGAAGCACAGGAGAUGCGUGUGGCUUGGCAAAAUCGAAUGCAAAAUCUGAGUAUUUCGUGCUCCCUGGUGUGCUUAAUCAUUUUAGGAUGUGCUGUGCUUAUAGGAUUUUUCGGACUAUGCAGGCAUCAGAUAUCGGCUGUGCUCGUGACAGGGGUGAUGUACCUCCUUGCAGCGACAUUCGCGCUGUUCACGCUCACGAUCAUCCACUUCAAGAGAGCCCAGGGCCGUGGGACCAAAUCAAUGGUGAAUGGGCAUGAGGACGGCGUGAUCGGUACGCCUGUUAUUCACAGUGUCCUUAAAGCUAGAAGAGUCACCACCGCAUGGAGCAUGGAUUUAGGAUGGGGUGGAGUCACUCUCUGUGCCCUCGCGUCGGUAGCCUGGAUCCUCCUCAGUAAAAUCAUGCGCUUCAGUCCAAUUGCGACUAUGAUAGCGUAGCAGUGGGAAGCCUUCGAGGUCUAAGGUCGUUUCUGGGAGCCACAUUUCCGCGUUCCUUUCGGAUAACACUUUCCUGAUCGGUCAUCAGUUAAUUCAAGAGAUGUUGUUUCUCUGCUUUAAUCCUUCACAGGAUAGUCGCAUUCUUCAAACGUUCUUUUGAAAUUAUCUCGCUUUCAAUUUUACGCUUGAACAAUCUGCACCAACUUAAUAAAUCUCAAAUAUUUAUCUCCUGCUAGAAUAUUGACUAGAUUUCAAGAAUGUAGAUUUCUGAGAUGUAGGAAUAUUCCUCUAGCUAUUAAAGUUUUUUCCGAAAAGGAUCGCAAACUGGAACGGAAGAUAUAAUAUUUUGGAAGAGAAUGAAUCCAGAAAUGACCGUCUCGAAGGCGAUUGCGUCUAGGUGUCUAUUUUGUAUCAUUUAUCUCGUUUGCACAAAUGUUAAUUAUUUCAAAUCGAGAGAAUAUGAGUUUAUCAAAGAGAUAAAGAGGUUCUCCGAUUAAAGCAUACAAUUCGUCGUCAUAAACAGCCAGAAACACCUAGAAUUUCAAUGUUUGAUCGAUGCUUCGUAGAAUCACUGAAUAUGCUGAUUUGAUAAUUUCUAUUUACCUGCAUCGUAUAAUACUCGACUUAUUUACUGUAAUUAAACAUACUCACUAAGAUUCGAAAGACAUAAAAGAUAUAAAAUUAACAAACUUAUAACGUAUAUUUAUGAUAUAAAAAGACAAGAUGUAACGUCCUUACUGAUCUCUUGCCGAUGCGCAGUGAAUGACUCAGGAAUUAAUUGAAAGAUGUUAAAAAAUAAUCUAGCACUAAUAUUAUUAUAAAUAUAUAAAUGCUACAAAUUAGGAUUGAACAGUAUAAUUUUUUUAAACUUAUCAAUUUGAUUUGUAUUAACGAUUUUAGUAAUCACUCUAAAAUAUUUGCUCAUCAAUUUAUCAUUCUCUUUCAAAUUUCUAGAAAUUUUAUUUUUAAUCACUUUGUUAUGGAUUAUUAAAUCUACAAUUUUUCACUUGGCUUCUAUAUGUAAUAGCAAGUUUUGAUCAUUAUUCUGCGCAGUUGCACGUCUUUUUAUGUGAAAACAAUGAAAAUGUUGUUGGUAUUAGAGAGCAUAACAGUUCUCUGGUAUAUCAAUUGCCUAUAAUGUAAUCCAAAUGCCUUAUUAUUAGACAAAUAAGCAAGUAAAGUUAUUUGUAAAGCGUAAAAUAAAAAUUAAUGAAUAAGAGUGAGGUACAUAAAGUGUGAUAUAUCAAUUUUUCAAGAAGAUAUGAUACAAUUAUUAAAUUUUCUUUAUAAGAAUUAUUUUAUAUAUUACUUUUUUACAAUUUUUAUGUUCCGACAAAUUGAUUAAUCACACCUUAAGUACCUCAAUCUAUUUACAGCAUAAAUUUUUUUAAUCAGCGAGCUUGUUUUUGCUACAAUUUAUAGCAAUUAGAUGAUAUAAUUACGCACAAUACGUGUCCUGCAUGAAAAAAUCGCGAGCUGCAUUUCGUCCAUUAAAAAUUAAGAAUCUUUGUCCGUGCUUUAAAAGGAUAUACCACAUUUUUCUAACGCGUUCUUGCCAUAUUUUUUUACGCAAUUUUUGUUACUUGUUAUAUCACUUAUAUACUGAGCACAAUAAAAAAGUUAUAAAAAAUCGCUUGUUGAAAACUAUUUGUAUUCAUGUUAAUUAUUCUUAAACUGUCAUGUACAUUUUUCACAGUGAUGAUUAAAAAUAUAAUUG